CAUGUUAAUGCACUCUUUCACCUAAUGCAUCAUCCUUGCCGCCUCUAAUAAAAACCUCUUCUUCCCCCUGAAAAUACAUCAAACACAUUCAUUCAGAACAAAAAUAAUAUCACACACUUGGUGUGCAAGAUGAUGAAGCAGCAGAUACAAUCUCUUUUCUCACUCCCAUUGCUAUUCAUCCUCCUCUCCCACUGCACCGGAAUCUCAGCUCAAGGCCCAGCUGCAAGCCCAAAGGCAGGUCCGAUAGCCGACGCUCCAGCACCACCGGGACCAACCAACGUCACCAAAAUCCUUGAAAAAUCCGGCGGCUUCGACCUCUUCAUCCGCCUGUUGAAAACCACCCAAGUCGACGGCCAACUCUACAGCCAACUCAACAACUCCGACAGCAAAUUGACCAUCUUGGCCCCAACUGACUCUGCCUUCUCGAAACUCAAAUCAGGGUCUCUCAACUCCCUCAGCGACUCUCAGAAGGAUCAGCUCUUGCAGUUCCAUCUCAUCCCAGAUUUUCUCACCAUGUCAAACUUCCAAACUCUCAGCAACCCGGUUCGAACCCAAGCCGGAGACCAGUUUGAGUUCCCGCUAAACAUUACCACAUCUGGAAACUCAGUGAACAUUACCACUGGUCUUGUCAACACUUCAAUUUCAGGCACUGUGUAUACGGAUAACCAACUGGCGAUUUAUCAGGUCGACAGUGUGCUACAGCCUUAUGGGAUUUUCGCUCCCAAGCCUCUGCCCCCUUCCCCAGCACCAGCACCGGAAAAGGCAAAGCCUAAAAAAAAGGCUUCAAGCCCAGUUGCCGCUGUGAAAUCUGCUGCAGGGUCGGUAGUCUGUGAUCUCUCCAGAAAUGGGUUGGCCUCCAUUGGAGUUGCUGUGGUGUUUGCAGCGGUAAUGUUUUUGUGACAAUGAGAUUGAUUGCAGAAGUGGGUGAGUAUGGUUUGAAAUAAUUGUUGUCUCUAUGUGCCAGUUUGUGAUCAUAUAGCUUCUUUCUGGGUUGUCAUUUUGUUGGUUGCUUUGUAUUUGUAUCAUAUGCAUUUGCGUUUCGCUAUUCCUUCUGUAUAUUUUGGAAACCUUAGUACAAUUCUUGGAGAAAGUUUGCUAUUCA